AUGAUGACGGUCAUCGUGCGCGUGGCCGGCCUGUUCGGACUGAUGGUGUCGGAGCCAAAGACGGAGAUCAUGUGCAUGCUGCCGAAAGGGAUCGAGGAACGCCCGUUCACGGUCAGCGCCGCCGGCCAGACGUACAAGCAGACAGAUCGGUUUGUGUACCUCGGACGUACCAUCUCCGCGGACGGGAAGGCCGACCGGGAGAUCACGAGCCGCAGCUGCCGAGCGUGGAAGUGCUACCGCCGGAACAGUGCUUCGAUGUACGACAGGCGACGGGCCAACCGCCAGCUCAAGAUCCGGCUACUCCAGGCUGAAGUGGUGGAGACUCUCCUGUAUGGGUGCGCCUCGUGGAGCCUAACAGCGGAGCACUACACGAAGUGCAUUGGGACCCACCGCCAGUACCUUACACGGUGCAUCGGCUGGAGCAAGCGGAAACGCUCAGACCCCCCCUGUCCUAUGCCCAGGCCCUCAUCCAGGCAGGCUGCGAGGAAACCAUCGAGGCCACCGUGCGCAAACGGAGACUGUGUUUCGCGGGCUUUGUUAUGCGCAUGGAGGACAGCCGCCUCCCCAAGCGCAUGCUGUUAGGAGCGAUGGCGGGGGGCGUGGGAUACCGGGGCGGGCAGGAGAGCGACUGGGUGUCUCGUCUAGGAGAGGACCUCGUGGCCUUCAACAUGGGAGACGAAAAGGAAGGGGGGAAAUGGAAAGAGAGCGCCAAGGACCCGGAGGUGUGAUACAACAAGGCCGAGGACGGGGGGGCAUGGUUCAUGAGGAAAUGGCACAUGCAGGAGGCGGAAGCGUCCGCGAAGCGCCAGCGCGCGAGGAAAGCAGUAGCAGAGAGUACGGCCAUCUCAGGACCGAAGAGAAAGAGAGCCGGGGAAGCGGCGGUGGGGGGGAAGAAACGGCGACCGGGCACUGCUGUAGAAGCGAGUAGGGCGGCCGAGGCAACGCUUGUGGCGAACUAUGCACCCGGCUGAUGUUGUUGCGCCCGGUUUCCCUCCCUGCCGUAUGCUAUACUCCUUUAUGUAUGUCCUUGUAUUGCCUUCGGCCUCUGUGCUGUGUUUCUUUUUUUUCAUGACCUCCCUGCCUACUCUGCUGUGUUGGGUACCUUGAUCUCGCUUUGCUGUUGCCUUUGUUUUCGUACUUCUGCCUGUCUGCCCAUCUGCCGCCUCUUUGUCCUGUUUGCUCUGUUACUCCCAUGCCCUGGUGCGUAGUGCCUGGUGCUGGUAAGUCACCCUUUGAUUUUUUAUUUAGGCGGGUGUGGGAAGCGUCCUCCAUUAUUUUUGUUUUUGUUUUUAUUUUGAUCGGUUUCCGAGGGCUCUUUUCUCGGACGGUCGGUGCGAUACCUGUUCUUUUCUUUCUAUCAUUU